UCCACCCCAUUAAUAGUUUACGCUUUGUUGGACAAGGCUUUUUUAAUUAAGAAAGAAAUCAUAAUUUUGUUUUAAUUAUUUCUAAACACUCGCUUGCCUUGUCUGAUAAGAGAGUAAAACUAGGAAUUCCUUGUUUGCCAAGCAUAGGUCAAGUCGUGGUUUUGUGUUUUUAAGCUAAGACUCCCAUUUUUAUACAUUAUUACUCAAUCUUAACAACUGUUUUCGAUUAUCUCUAAUUAAGAUCUCUUUCUUCUCACCACCUACUGCUCUUCAUAAGAAACAUCCAUCCUUAAUUAACAAGACAUUUCUAGCCGACUCAAAGGUACGAGUUCUCUCUUGAUGUUCUAAACUAUCUUAAUAUACAAAAACGGUGAAAUUCUAACUCGGGUGAUUGUGCUUUGGAUUAUUCUAUGACAAUAUCAGGUUUCGACAGAGAAAAAAAUGGCAACAUACCAAUAUUUUCCUUGUGACUUAGGUGUGAUGUUGGUGAAGACAGAUCCGUGGCACAGGAAUCGUGUUGUUCAUCUGUAUCAAAAAAUAAUUCGGUCUGUUAUUAAGUUCGUUGUUCGAAUGGAGUUGAAAGGUGUAAACCGUGGCUACCUGAGAGUAGAGGAUAUACAAAUCGAUGAAAACUAUGAAGCGAUCAUCCCAAUUAUUUUCGAUGCUAAUGCUACAAGUUAUAGACACGGAUUUCGGUGGUUAAUGGAAGAAAUGCUCGGCAAAAAUCGCAGAAGAACAAAAGAGUUGUCCCACUUUUUAAACAUGCUUCGUUGUGAAAGGGAGUGGUACCGAUUCGAGCAAUUACUUUAUCAUCCCCUCCUUCGAUCGUCCGUCGAGAGGUAUCACUAUUACAUUGAUGGUUUGAUCCAUCUCCAACAUCUUCAAUGUGCUGAACAUAAAAACAUUAAAGAGCUGUUCAUCUUGCGGUGGGAUGAGAGCGUUGAUGUCAAAGGAGCUGUGGGUGAAUUGGAAGGUUUUCAUGGUGUGUUGAGUAAAAAAGAAUAUGAGAAUAAUGUGUGGGGAGCACUUGAAUUCUCAAGCAAUGCUUGUCUCGAGGUUAAUGAUCAUUUGGACCAUGAAGAACAUCUGACAGAAGAACAAGUGGAAGAAAAGCUUAGUUCGUUCUUCCCAAGUCUGUUGUUACAAUUGUAUGCUUUUCUAAUUGAAAUGUAUUCUCAUGUGGACUUGAGGGAGUAUAUCAAAGAAGAAGAAGAGAUAUAGGAAUGUCAACAGGGAGUAGAUCAGAGAAGAACUAAGAAGACAUGGAACAGAUCGAAACGAAGACAUUGUUUCAACGAUGUUGUACGAAUGAAUGCGUGAUAGCUACUGAUUAUUUGGUCGAGUGAUACUCGAUUUUGUUGAAAAAUGUUUUGGGUUUAAGAUCACAAGUGUAUUGUUAUGUUUCUU